GUUUAUCUUAUGAGCUAUGUGACUCAUCCGUAUCGGAAAUCGUGACGUCACUUUCCAACUUCAUUUUUUUUUUUCUUGUAAACUUUCCAACUUCAGUGAUUUCUCUGUCAAUUGUGAGUUGUGACUCAUUCCUCUCUCUCUCUCAUUGGCGUCUCCUGCAACAGACAAGCUAGUGAAUGCAUGGCUUCCUCAUUAUUAAAUUAUUAAUUGGAUAAGUGCGGAGUUCCUUUUCGUCUCUUAAAAUCUUAAUCGAGUUGUCUCAGUCAGGUUAAUCUUCUUCUUCUUCUUCUUCUUGUGUUGCUGCUCUGUAUCUGCUGCUUCUCAUUAUCCGCUUCUGUUCAGUUUGAGUUCACAGUCAUGUGGAAGACUGGGAGGCAGGGGAUUAACUACUUACAACAACUGAAUGCUGCAAAUGUCCACACUGAUAUGUUAGAAAAGGGCCAAAAUCGUGUCAUGGAGGCUUCUCUUACUCUCAUUCGUGAGAGGGCAAAACUUAAGGGGGAGCUUCUGCGAGCAUUAGGAGGUGUUAAAGCAUCAGCAUCACUUCUUGGAGUUCCUUUGGGGCAUAAUUCAUCUUUUCUUCAGGGACCUGCAUUUGCUCCUCCACGGAUUAGGGAGGCAAUCUGGUGUGGCAGCACAAACUCUACAACUGAAGAAGGGAAAGACUUAAAGGAUCCACGUGUUUUAACUGAUGUUGGGGAUGUUCCUGUUCAAGAGAUUCGAGAUUGUGGUGUAGAUGAUGAUAGAUUGAUGAAAAUUAUAAGUGAUUCUGUGAAACUUGUGAUGGAAGAAGAUCCACUACGCCCGUUAGUUUUAGGUGGUGACCACUCAAUAUCUUUUCCUGUUGUAAGAGCUGUAUCAGAGAAGCUUGGUGGACCUGUGGAUAUUCUUCAUUUAGAUGCCCAUCCUGAUAUCUAUCAUUCUUUUGAAGGAAACAAAUAUUCACAUGCUUCUCCUUUUGCCCGAAUUAUGGAGGGUGGUUAUGCACGGCGGCUUCUGCAGGUUGGCAUUAGGUCCAUAACAGCUGAAGGGCGUGAACAAGGGAAAAGAUUUGGUGUGGAGCAAUAUGAAAUGCGAAACUUUUCAAGAGAUCGGCAGUUUUUGGAGAAUUUGAAACUAGGGGAAGGUGUAAAGGGAGUGUAUAUUUCAGUAGAUGUGGACUGUCUUGAUCCAGCAUUUGCUCCUGGGGUUUCACACAUUGAACCGGGAGGUCUAUCUUUCCGUGAUAUCCUCAACAUCCUUCACAAUCUCCAAGCUGAUGUUGUAGCUGCAGAUGUUGUGGAGCUCAACCCACAGCGUGACACCGUUGAUGGAAUGACUGCCAUGGUUGCUGCAAAGCUGGUAAGAGAAUUGGCUGCAAAGAUAUCAAAAUGACCCUAGAAGCAUGUUGGGUGCUUCCAUUGCAAGAGGCAUCCCAUUUUCCAAGUGCAACCAAGUGUUCAAGAAAUAAUAAGACAUUUUUCUCAUUCAAUGUCAAUAAAACACCCCGAAAUGAUAUGUAUACAGUGUAGUGAACAAUUAGUUUCUUCUGAGAUCUGUUUCAGUCCUUACUUCCUUUGCUUUGCAUGGCUAUGUAUCUGUAUUAGAGGCUAUACUUGAACUCCUUGAAGAAAAGUAAAAUAUAGUAAAUAAUGAUAAUGAAUUGUAAUACGGGAGUACCCAAAGCAAAAAAAUUGCAAUAAUAAAGGGGAAUGAAUCUCUAUUUUUCCUA